CGGGAGCGAUUUCUGAACGGACCUGUGAGCUCCGGACCAGUAAGCGGCGGCGGCGCGGCGGCAGCCGCAGAAAGCGCAGCUGCUCCUCAGUAGUCCACGCCCCCUUCACGCUCCGGUGACAGUCCCUGCGGAAAGUCGCGUUUGUGAUUUCUCGAGAGGAGCGAGCGAGACCACGUCGUUCCUGCCUGGUCGUCUGGGGCAGGUGACGACGAAGCGGUAUCCUGGUGAACCAGCCCUUCAUCCCUGGGCAGCCCACACUCCCGGGGCCUCAAGAUGCUGAGGUCUAUGUGGAAUUUUCUGAAACGUCACAAAAAGAAAUGCAUCUUCCUGGGCACGGUCCUUGGAGGAGUGUAUAUCCUGGGGAAAUAUGGGCAGAAGAAAAUCAGAGAAAUACAAGAAAGGGAGGCUGCAGAAUAUAUUGCCCAAGCACGACGACAGUAUCAUUUUGAAAGUAACCAGAGAACUUGCAAUAUGACAGUGCUGUCCAUGCUUCCAACACUGAGAGAGGCCUUAAUGCAGCAACUCAAUUCUGAGAGCCUCACCUCUCUACUAAAAAACAGGCCUUCAAAUAAGCUAGAAAUAUGGGAGGAUCUGAAGAUAAUAAGUUUCACAAGAAGUAUUGUGGCUGUGUAUAGUACUUGUAUGCUGGUUGUUCUUUUGCGAGUCCAGUUAAACAUAAUUGGUGGAUAUAUUUACCUGGAUAAUGCUGCAAUUGGCAAAAAUGGCACCACAAUUCUUGCUCCCCCAGAUGUUCAACAGCAGUAUUUAUCAAGUAUUCAACAUCUCCUUGGAGAUGGCCUGACAGAAUUAAUCACUGUCAUUAAACAAGCUGUGCAGAAAAUUUUAGGAAGUGUUUCUCUUAAACAUUCUUUGUCCCUUCUGGACUUGGAGCAAAGCCUAAAAGAAAUCAGAAAUCUCGUUGAGCAGCAUAAAUCUUCUUCUUGGAUUAAUAAAGAUGGAUCCAAAUCUUUAUUAUGCCAUUAUAUGAUGCCAGAUGAAGAAACUCCAUUAGCAGUUCAGGCCUGUGGGCUUUCUCCACGAGACAUUACCACUAUUAAACUUCUCAAUGAAACUAGAGACAUGUUAGAAAGCCCAGAUUUUAGUACAGUUUUGAAUACCUGUUUAAACCGAGGUUUUAGUAGACUUCUAGACAAUAUGGCUGAGUUCUUUCGACCUACUGAACAGGACCUGCAACAUAGUAAUUCCAUGGAUAGUCUUUCCAGUGUCAGCCUGCCUUUAGCUAAGAUAAUCCCGAUAGUAAAUGGACAGAUCCAUUCAGUCUGCAGUGAAACACCCAGUCAUUUUGUUCAGGAUCUGUUGACGAUGGAGCAAGUGAAGGACUUUGCUGCUAAUGUAUAUGAGGCUUUCAGUACCCCUCAGCAACUGGAGAAAUGACUUUCAUUCGAGGAAAACUACAGUGGGAAUCAUUUACUUUUAAAAAUACACUGAAUAAAUCAACUAUUCCUAGAGUAGCAAUUUGUUACCAAAAUGCCUAAUAAAAAUAUAUUCUUAAUCAAAGUCUUCAUUUCAUAAUGAAAUAGAUUUAUUUGCCAUCUUAAUAUAUUUUUUUAAAUUCAUCAACAGACCAGUUUUUGUGGGCAUAUAUAAGUGUAUACAUAUGAAAAUAUCAGAACUGUGAAUAAUUUGUUAUACAUGGACAUUAGUUCCAAACUGACUAAAAACUAAUGUAGAUACUUUUAUAUGCAUAUAUAGUAUGGAAUGCAGUAUACUUUGAUAUUAAUACUGAGGAAAAAUCUAUUGGGGAGAUAGACCUAUAAUGUGUGAAGUUUAGAAAAUAUGCUAUUUAAUCAUAGUACUUCCUGGACUGCUGUAAGCAGAAGUGAAUCAGACUUUUCUGCAGCUGCCCUUCCAAAGGACAGAUUAUUUGUCUCAAAUAUACCUUUAUGGAGGACUUUUCUUCUUUGGGAAUCAGUGAAUUUUAACAACUAUGAUCAGCUACUUUUUUCUUUGCCCUUUCUUUCCUAUAUUUUCUAAGGUUUUAUUAACAAGCCUUAGAAAGUUACAUAUUGAUUUUGAGCCUAAAAUUGUGUUCAUGCUGUUUGCUCACAGUUAGUAUUAAUUAUAUAGUUUUAUUCAUUUGUAUAUAAAUAAUUUUAAUAACUUACUUUGUAUUGAUUUUUGAGUACAGUGAAUAUCUCAUUGCAAUAAACUAUUUUAGUAAAA